AAAUGUCAGCCUCCAUUCAUCGCUCAUGAGCUUUUGAACAUUAUCAUUUAGAGGGAAAAUGCCGACCGAUACUCGAAGGAUAGGCGGUCCAGAGGAAUCUUUCAGUCCUUUGGCAUAUACUUUAACCGAUAGUAUAAAAACUUUGAUGGUGUCUUCAAAUGGAAUUCGUAAUGAUGGACGAAAAUGUGAGGAUCUCAGAAAAAUGUUUAUCAAAACAGGAGUAAUAAGCCAAGCCAGAGGUUCAGCUUACAUUGAACAAGGGGAGACCAAAAUCAUUUGUUCUGUAUAUGGUCCUAGAGAAGUUGUCAGAAAAGAAGAAUUCAGUAUGAAAGGACAACUUACCUGUGAAUUCAAAUAUGCCACUUUUUCCUGUAGCUACAGAAGACAACAUCAGCAAGACAGUGAAGAGAAAGAUUUUUCUGUCCAGUUACUAGAAGCAUUAGAACCUGCUGUUUGUCUGCACAAGUUUCCCAAAGCUCAGGUUAACAUCUUUGUAGAAGUUUUACAGAAUGAUGGCAGUGCAUUAGCAGCUUCUAUAACAUGUGCAUCAAUGGCCUUAGCAGAUGCUGGAAUAGAGGUUUAUGAUUUGGUAAUAGGUUGUUCCAUGAAAAUUUGUGAAGACAAAGUUCUAACAGAUCCUACAAUUAAUGAAGAAUAUGACAGUCAGAAUAGUAAACAGCUAAAUCAUGGUAGUUUAACAAUAGGAUUUAUGCCUUCAUUAAACCAGAUAUCAGCUAUAACAUCUAAAGGAGAAAUUCAGAUUGACUUUCUUAAAAGGGCAAUGACAGAUUGUGUUGAAGCUUGUCAGAAGAUUUAUCCAGCAAUGCAGCAGAGUUUACACAGUUCUAUAAAAGACAAAUUAACUGCCAGUGAAAGAUGAUUAUAACCAUGUUUAAAAAAAUGUUCACCAUUAAGAGUGUUAAUGAAGUGGACCUUGGAUGCUGUGUGAAAAAAAAUAUAAAUAAGAAUUGUAUUGUGGGAAAUUUCAUAUGGAAUAUAUGGCCACUGUAAAUAAAAAGGGGUUAAUUGACUUAGCCUUUGCAGAAACAGAAAAAGAAAGGGAGGCUCCAGUGGGAUGUUUUUCUUGUUUACAUCCAAGUUAUCAUAAUAUGUCUUGAUUGCAUAAUAUGGUGUAUUAUGUUAAAAGUGGAACAAGUAGCAGAGUUGUAGCUUAAUUUAACCAUUAUUCAAAAUAAAAUGAUGUUGACUGUUA